GAUUAGAUACGUUAGCAGAUACAGUCACACAUUGUACACACAUAUACACACAUACACACAUAAAUAUUUGUGCUGAUAUAUGCUGCACCUCAAAUAGUUAAUUUAGAAAGCUGAAAGAAUAUUUUUAAAAUGAAGUUGUAUGCGCUUUUAAUUCUGAAAAUGUUCCCCCAGGGUGUUGAGAAAGAUCCAGUGAUUUGCUCCAGUGCAAUUGACGUUAGUUCCUUUGGCUUUUUCCAACGUGGAUCAACCAAAGAGUUCAUUAUUUUUCUCUCUCGCACUGUGGCCAAACUUGUUUCUCCCGGUAGCAAGACUCAGAUUACCGAAAAUGGCAAUGCUGUAUACGCCUAUGCCUCGCUUGACGGUCUGGUUGCUAUUGCCAUAAGUGAUGUCGAGUACACCGGUCGUGUGGCUUUUACACUUUUAUCGGACAUCCUUCCUCUCUUCCAGAACACUUUCCGCGGGAAGUAUUCGAAUGUUGACGGGAAACCCGACAACUUCUUGCCUUGGCAGCACCUGCAGGACACUCUUGUUAAAUAUCAAAAACCAGAGGAAGUCGAUAAAAUUCUCAAGAUCAAGAAGGAUAUUGAGGAUACCAAGGUGGUGAUGUACAAUGCAAUUGAUCAAAUUAUUGAACGUGGGAAUAAAAUAGAUGAUUUGGUAGCAAAGAGUGAAGAUCUAGGAAUGGCAAGCAAGACAUUUUAUUCACAAGCCAAGAAAACGAAUUCAGGAUGUUGUGUGGUCAUGUAGUCUUGAAAACAAAGGUGCUAAAAUGUCUGAAAGAUUUUCAUUAUCUAAAUUGGAAUGCUUUUUUUUUUGUUACAUAUACAUGUAUCCAAAAAAAAAAAAACACUUGUUUUCCUCCAGACAGCGUGUGCCAAAGGUUUUCUUUUGCUUUAAUCUCUAAAUAUCCAGAUGAGUCAUUCAGAUUACGAAUCUCAUUUAAUAUUGAAGAGUUGAUCUCUAGACGCUAUACUCAGAGAGAGUGUCUCUUUUGCUUACUCCUGGAUUUCCUUAUUCGUUUCCCCUAUUAAUACUUUAUAACCCUUUUUAUUAUCAUUUUACAUCAUAUUUUUUAUGUGCGUACUCCGAACUCUAAUAGAUUACCUCGAUGCUGAAAUGCUUAACCUAAAAAUGUUAUAACAAGUGAGGAAUGGAAACGUGAA